AGAAGAAGAGAUUCCAACUCCUCCCCCACACUAAAACCCGCCAUGACCCUGCUGGCCUCCGAGAGGUCCCUUCUCAUCCGGAACAAGUUCCGCUCAGUGCUGCAGUUGAGGAUCCAGAACCGAAGGCAGAGUGAGAUCCAUGCGGACCCCGGCUCAAAAUCCUCUACUUCCUGUCAGGAUAAAGAGAUGGACAAGAGUGGCGCUCUGCGUUUAACAGACGAGGGCGCCGCCCAGAAGACGCCCCCUAGUGGCGUCAAGGCUGAAACUGCACAAGAAAGGAGCGACUGCGGCGUCCCCAGGCAGAGGAAGUCUCGCCGGGUCCAGGACCUCAGAGAGGGGAUCCAAGAUCCACCUGGACCACAGGGGCGCAGAGACAAACCGCCCCCGGGGAACGGCGCCGCCGUUUUCCCGCCCGCCGCGGACGUCUUUGAAGAUGACGUCUCCCGCUGCUCCGCCACUUCCUCCUCUGCCUCCUCGCUGAGGGCUCGGCAGGCGGCGGCCGUGGCAACAGCGGAUAGCCAAUCACAGAGUGACUUGUCGUCUGCGGCCACGCCCCUCAACCACAGCCCGGGUCACACUCAGACUGGUUUGGCGUUUCUACCGGCAACCGAGGGAAUCAGUUCACCAAUGAGCAACUCCACGGCGACCACCAGCAGACCAACCGGGAUCUUCCUGAUCUCUCAGACCACGCCGCUGCUGCCAAAGACAGCUCGGCCUCCGAGUCCUUCCCCUUCCCUGACGUCCGCCUUCAACCUCAAGCACCUCGGUCGCUCACGGAAGCCGCGGGACAGCAAACCCAAAAUGAAGAAACUCAAGUAUCACCAGUACAUUCCUCCGGACCAGAGAAGAGGUUCUGGGGUUGGAGGGGAAGGAAGCAAACAGAGGAGCCCUCCUUCCCAGCCUCUAGACCCUGCUUAUUCCCAUCUGGUCAAGCAGCAGCAGGUCUUUCUGCAGUUGCAAAUCAUUCAGAACCAGCAGCAGCAAGAACAACAAGUCACUGUUGUGCACAGUAGAGAUCAAAAUUCAUCUGGAGCACUCCGCCUGAAGCCCCAUCCUGCUGCCAUCAACCACGCGUCAAAGGACACCAACCUUGGGUCCAAACAUGACCUCCUCCCUGCAAAUCUCAUGGAUCUUACAGUGUCAGAGUUGAGGCAACAGCUGCGUAAGCGAGGCCUCCACGUCUCUGGCACUAAGCCCGCCCUGCUGCAGCGACUUCGCCCUUUUCAGCUUCCCCCCACUUGUGUCACUCCUGCUCCCCUCUACCAGCUAGGGGGCAGCAUUGAGCCCUCCAUGACUCCCUCGCGCCCAAUGCUGGUCAACCGGAGCCCAAGCUCAAGCUGCAGCUCUGGAAACUCACCAGGCAGCAGCCCAAACCAGCAGACAUGCAUCCAGGAUCAGGAAGUCCCCAAUGGCAUUCUGAACAUUGUCCCAAAUGGUCUCUGCAGUGGUCUCUCUGUCAGUCUGGCCGGUGAACAGUGCAGUUCUAUCAAUGCGGUCUUCUUGGGUCCUGCUUGUACCGCCUCUGGAGCACCAAGUCCCAGUCUACCCUUGUCAUCUUGUUCACCCGUGCAGUGUGGAACCCCAUGGAGGACUGAGUUAGGUUCCGACUUGGACCAGAAAGAGAGGAUAAAUGGCAGGGCAAAAGACGCAUAUACCGAGUUUUGCAAAGGAUCCCUUCAUCCAUUCCUGCAACAGGAUCCAGGAUGCUCGCAUACCAAGCCAGAAAAAGAAGCACAAACAAAGGUGUUAUUCACAGAGGUGUUCUGCUCCAAGCCUUGUGACAUGAUAGGCCGGGACUAUGAGUUGCCAGUGCAGAUCACAUCAAGUCCUGACCAAAACUCGCCUGGCAUUCGCAGUUUGGAGGAGGAACUCCUGGAGGCCAUCCAGAAAGCACAGAUGGACCCCCGACAGUCCAUAGAAGACAUUUUGGAUGAGCCCUUUGUUUCUGUUGACUCAAAGCUCCCUACCCCUUCACCCCUUUCUCCACCUCCUCAAGUUGAUCCCCCCCUGAAGUCCCAGCAUCAAUUUAAGGAUGCCAACUUCUUGCCUUCCCCUCUUUGCUCCUCUCUCCUCCUGGAGCUGCCCCCAUCUCCUGCUGUGAUCCCGCCGAGUCAGGUCAUCCCAGCGCUCUUGCCUCCCCCGAUUUGCAACUCCCCUCCUCUGGCGUCUGCGGCUGGAAAGUCGCGUAAACGUCGCGCCCAGGCCAUGAUCGACGCCGCUGACAUCCUGGAGACUCUUACAUCCGGCUUCAGGCCUCUCACACCACCGGCGGCCCCCUUUGGGGAGACGGACUUCGGUCUGGAUUCGGAUCUGAACAUCAAUCGAGUGUUGGAUCUGAUGAUAGAGCAGUGGUGAGUGUGAGUCAGCAUCCGUCACUGCGGCUGUCGGAAUCAUCGACUCCACGCAAUGUCGGGAGUGUGAUUCCUUGCGGCCAUAAUAAACACUCACACUCUCAGCCAACGCAGAAUGUUGCUAAAAAGCACUUUGGCCAGAUGGACACGCUCCAUAGCGCCAUGUUUACGGUGCAGAAACAAAAGACAACCUGCUCCUGCAAUGUGUAUACAAAGCACUGGGUAGUUUUUCUUUGACCUAGCUCCAAAACAUAUCGUCCGUCUGGGCUAUAAAAGCCAGACAAGGCACAUGCAGCUUGACUCUGGCUCCAAAACCUUCACCUUCAUGCCAGACUCACAGAGCUGGCAUGCACCACCAAACAAAGUGAUUAAAGCAAGCACUUGCGUGUGUGUGUUGUCAAACUGUGUGCAACACUAAAGUCUAGGAAAGCACUUUGAAAGCAUUUUUGCUUGGUUGAAGACAUAAGCCGUCAACUAUUUCGGUAACACAUUUGUCCCCACGCCAGGCAGCUUCCCGAAAACUGCUUCGAUCAGAUUUUUCCAUCCAUCCAUUUUCUACCGCUUGUCCCUUACGGGGUCGCUGGAGCCUAUUUCAGCUGCAUUCGGGCGGAAGGCGGGGUACACCCUGGACAAGUCAACACAGAUAGACAGACAACAUUCACACUCACAUGUCUUUGGAGGUGGGAGGAAGCCGGACUACCUGGAGGGAACCCACGCAGUCACGGGGAGAACAUGCAAAUCCCACACAGAAAGACCACGAGCUCAGGAUCGAACCCAGGCCCUGUGUAUUGACCCCUGUUCCUCCGUGCUGCCCUGGGGAGGUGUUUAAGGCACGUCCGACCAGUAGGAGACCACGUGCAAGACUCAGGACACGGUGGAGAGACUAUGUCUCCCAACUGUCCUGGGAACGCUUCGGGAAGAUUCUGGGCUUCUCGGAUAUGUGAAAGAAGAUGGAUGGAUGGAUAAGAAUCUACCGAUCAGAUUCUUUACCACCGUAAAUAACAAUUAUAGUCGUUUAUUUACCUGAACCACAAAGUGGAGAUGGAAGCAGAAGAUAAUUAGAGAGAAGCUUCUAAAACACGCAAAGAAUGGAUUAUGUUCUCCAUAACCCGGUCUUUAUUUUUUAUAGCUCUCCUUCUGGAUUGGCGUGUAGUUCCAUGCCAAAAUGCUAAGGGGUGUUAGUGAGAGUGAUCAAACACACCUCAAACGUAUUUAACAGGGUUCCGCAACCUUGAGAGGUACUGCAGGGCGAUCGUUAAAUGUAUUGUCCAAAAAUAGUUUAAAGAAAAAAAAAUAUAUAUAUUUUUUUUCCCCACAUAUGUCGUUAAAUACACAUUAACAUUGAUCCGAUACACGAUAGCAUUUAAGAUAGUUAGCGAUUAACCCUCUAUUUGACAGCUAGCAAUUAACGGCAUUGUACUGUAUUAUUUAUAUAACUUAGUAUUGCACAGUAACAGGGUAUCUUAAUAAAUUCAACGAUUUAGAACAUACCGUUUAAGAUCAGGGUGUCCGCUCCAGUCCAGGGGUCCUUGUCCUGAAACCAAUUGAAGCCCCCUUUUCUACGAUAUUGUUUUGUACUGUAAAUAAGUUCAUUUUUUAAACUACUUCAGCCUUAACUAGGGUCCACCAAGGAUUUUCAUAGUUGAUCCAAUUCAAUAAAUCAAUCACAGUACCUCGGGGUCUUGUUCUGCUCCUUCACAUCAAGAGGAGCCAGAUGAGGUGGUUCGGGCAUCUGAUCAAGAUGUCACCCAGACAGGGAUGUGUUUAGGGCACGUCCAGCCUGUAGGAGACCACGUGGAUGACCCAGGGCACGGUGGAGAGACUAUGUCUCCCAGCUGGCCUGGGAACACCUCGGGAUCCCCUGGGAAGAGUCUGGGCUUCUAUGCUUAGGCUGCUGCCCCCGAGACCCGACUUCGGAUAAGCGGAAGAAGUUGGAUGGAUGGAUAAAUGAUAGAUAAUGUAAGAGUCCAGUCCAUCGGAAAGCCAACAGAAGGGAAUCCUCUUCCAUGUUGACAACUCAGAGACUUCGCUAGAAGAGUGGUCCACUCUAGAUUUAAAAAAAUAUCCGUUAAAUUUCACUCAGUAUGAUCAAUUGAAAUACAAAGAUUGUGGCUUUAUGUAGUACUGCAGACUGGUCACUAGGUGUCAGUAACGUCACAGGGAUAUACGUAGAUAUAGCCGCUACAGGAACUCCCCAGAGGGAUCGUCAAAUCAGUCUCCGACGAUUAGGAUUGCAGACUAUUCCUAACAACCACAAUACAUAUUUUCCCCCUUUAAUAGUUCAGUAAUUUUGCUGCAUGCUUUGAAUGGGAAUAAUGUUUAAAUCAAAUUAAGGAAAAAAGAAAGCCAGUAGUUAAAAUUAAAAAGUUAACAUAAAAGAUUGAAUUACUUCUUCGUAGGUAUUUUUUUCAUGCCCGGUUGCCGACUCACUUCUGCACUUGGCGACCACUCCAGCAGCACUGAGAGCGGACUCAGUCAAUCUACCUCUAGGCAAUGUUGCAAUUUUCAAUGCCAACAAAGAAACUGAUUCAAAAAAUGUUCCAACGUAAGUAAAGUAAGGCUCCACUUUUCCUCUACUAAAAAUCUACUAGCUUGAUGCUAAUAUACAUUGGCUUUGCUAUUAGCAUUAGCAAGUUUACAUAGCAAUUUCAACACCCCCAAAUUAGUUAAUGAAAACUACAACCGAGAUGCACGUUACAAUCAAAACAGCUGCUGCGUAAUAAGUACAAUACUUACAGCGUUAACACUUUUUAGGGCACAACAAAAGACUGAACUGACUAGCCAACACACCAUAAACUUUGGGCUAUUGCCAUUUGCAAGUGUAAUUGAGACUCAGAAAUGUGAUGAUAAUUACAAGUAAAGAUUAUGACUAUGUGUAGUACUACAUACUGGUCACUAGGUGUCAGUAACGUCACAUGGAUGCAGAUAUAACCGCUAUAGGAACUCCCCAAAUGGAUUGUGGAAUCAAGACUCCUCUGAGUAGAAACCUCGACUAUAGCUAAUAAAAACAUAGCAGCAUAUAAAGAGUUUAAACUGUUUAUAUGCUGCAUUUUUUAAUUGGGAAAAAGCAAGUAGUCCAAAUUAAAAGGUUACCAUUAAAUUAGGACAGGGGUCGGCAAACCAAAACGUUGAAAGAGUUGCAAAAAUACAAAAAACGUAUUUGUCUGGAGCUGCAAAAAAUGAAAAGCCGCAUAUAAGUCUUAUAAUGAAGACAACACAUGACGUAAGUGUCUAUAUUAGCUAUAAUAGCCUACUAUCAAAAUGACUGUAAAAGUCUUAUAUAAGUGUUAUAAUGAAAACUACACAUGACGUAAGUGUCUAUAAUGGCCUACUAUCAAAAUGACUAUGUGUCGCAGGCUGAAGCAAAUCUUUGUUGACAGAAAUGUAGAAAUGUAAUAUUUAUUCUACACAUUUUUACAACACUGGAAAACAUUAGUAAAACUUGUCAGAUGGUGAGAUAACUCCUGGAAAUGACUGUCUUAGAAUUGCCAAAGGUAUAGAUGUGUGUGUCCAAGUUAAAUGGAAUGGCCGGCUGUCUUCUUUUAAUGGAUUUAUUACAAUCUUUGCAAGUUGGGUAACGUUUGCUGUGGUCUGGAACAACAUGGCACACAGACAACUAUCAGAAAUGCAGCCAAUAUUACAUAGAGAAAAUGUGUCAUGAGACGUGCAAAACUAAAUUAUAUACAAAUGGGAUAAAAGUAAAGGAUAUUAAAUGAGCUCAAAUAUAGCUACAAAUGAGGCAUAAUGAUGCAAUAUGUACAUACAGCUAACCUAAAUAGCAUGUUAGCAUGGAUUAGCGUGCAGUCAUGCACUGACCAAAUAUGCCUGAUUAGCACUCCCAACACGUCAAUAACACCAACAAAGCGCACAGUAUAAAACGUUUGGUGGACAAAAAAACGAGACAAAGAAGGAGUGGAAGAUUUGACAUGUGAACAAACUGUUGCGUCACAGUCCACACUACGGUGGGUUCAAGAACCGCCGAAGUUAGUGGGACAAAACGAUGUUGACCAAAUAGUGUCAUCAGUGAAGCAUACACACAAACAUAUUAAACUGUGGACUUUCUAACAACUGGGAAGGUUUGUGUCAUGUUUGUCCUCAAACAAAAAACAUCCAUCCAUUUUCUACCGCUUGUCCCUUUUGGGGUCGCGGGGGGUGCUGGAGCCUAUCUCAGCUGCAUUCGGGCGGAAGGCGGGGUACACCCUGGCCACCUCAUCGCAGGGCAAACACAGAUAGACAACAUUCACGCACUAGGGCCAAUUUAGUGUUGCCAAGCAACCUAAAAACAUAAUAAAACUAAAAAAUAAUUCCCCCCCCCCCAUCUUUUUCCAUUUUCAAUCCUUUUUUUUUAAUUGCCCCAGGGAGCACUAAAGAGCCGCGGGUUGCUGACCCCCCGAGUUAGGAUAAAUGUGUAAUGUUUUGCGUCUUUAGGCUGAUUUAAUGAGCCGAGGUGACAAUUCUGGGUUAAAAAUUCCUCCGGAAAGUUUCACCUGCCGUGUAUUCAUCAUUCACAGGCAGACUGAGGAUAUAAAUGUGUGUAGAAUCUCUUCAGGGUUCUAGGGCGCAAAAAAAAACAAAAAAACAUACAAAACACAACCCACUUGAGACGGGCGAGAAGUGCUUGCUGCCUGAUUAAACUUAGCUUCUGAGCCUGAUUGAGCCGAUUUAUUCUUCUGCCGCAUUCAGAAGGCAGCAACGACACACACCUGCUGAUUAAUUGUGCGAUUGUACGUUCUAAAGCAACAAUUCAUGUUUGAAUAAUAAACGUGACUAAAUAAAAUACGCAAAUGCACUCCAGGAGCUGCACUAAAGUCCUUUUUUUGAACGCAACAACCCCCCCACUUACUAUUUAAGAAUGUGACCACUGGCCAUGUGCCUUUAAUUGGCCGAGCAGCCAAUCACGUUGCAGGGCUCUGAUUGGCUGGUUGUCCGUGUGGUGUCGUUCCGCAGAAUUGUUGUGUGCUGAUAAGAAUGGGCGGGAGUGGAAGCGAUCACGCGGGUUCUUUCCCAGCUUGGUAAUAACACAAUGCAGUCACAGUAAGCUUGUAUCGCUGGUUUAUGAUAAUCAUAGCCACCCGGGAAGCGUUGCUUUCUGCAUGUGAAAGAAACAAAACAACAAAAAAGAAGAGAAAAUAAAUGGGCAGGAGAGUAAGAUGCUACCUCCUGUGACUUCCAAAGCUUUUGCUCCUUUUUUGUUUUUGCCAACUUUGUCAAUCAACAUGUGCUCGUAUCUCCAUGACGAUUUGAUUUCCUCAAGAAAUGCCUGACUUUUUGUGGGAAACAAGCUGCUAUGAAACAAAAUGACUUUUAUUUAUUCUGUAACUUAUUGAUGCUGAAAAUGUUCACCGCUGUCCAAGUAUUAA